AUGGCCACGCGCCGCCUGGUGGGCAAACCCUACCAGGACAAGGACCCGGAGAAGACGCCGCCGCCGACGGCCGACCUCGCUCUCGCUGCCUACUCCUCGCGACCUCGCCCCAGCCGCGCCCUCGCCAUGGUACGAGCUGAUCCCCCGUCCUUUCCGCUCUGGGUGCGCCCCAAUGCAGGUCUAAUCGAUCCUCUAUGUCGCUGCUCGCAGACGGUGAAGCGCCGCAACGGCGGCCGCAGCAAACACGGCCGCGGCCAUGUCAAGAUGGUCCGCUGCCACAACUGCGCCAAGGCAGUCCCGAAGGACAAGGCGAUCAAACGCUACUCGGUGAGGAACGUCGUGGAGCUAGCCGCCCUGAGAGAUCUGAAAGAAGCAUGUGUGUUCGAGGGAUACGUUCUUCCCAAGCUCUACGACAAGAUGCACUGGUGCAUCGGCUGUGCCAUCCACAAGAAGGUACUCAGUGUUCGCUCCCGUAAGGAAAGGAAGAACCGCGCACCGCCGCCCCGACACUUCCGCCCCAGGGAGGAAUGGCCUGUGGGUGAUGCUCCUCGUCCUGGUGGUGGCGGUGGGGGUACUGGUGGUGCUGGCGUUGGUUUCGGUGCCGGUGGUGCUGGCGGUGGCUUCGGUACUGGUGGUGCGGGUGGUGGUUUCGGUACUGGUGGUGCGGGUGGCAGCUUCGGUACCGGUGCUCCAGCUCCCAUCACUGGCGCCUGA